AUGAGAGGGCGGAGUUCUGCGCUCAGGACAGAAAGAAAUAAACGGAGGCGCGCCAGCGUGAGGAGGAACACGGACGCUUGCGGAAGACACGCGCUCUCAACCUGCGUAUCUGAAGAAUUAGACGUGCUUGUCCAGGUGAGCUGCCUGUGUGUCCCUCACAAUGUUAGUCUCACUGCACCUGUGCGUGUUGGUGGCGGUUUGUUCUUUGAGUGUUUCCGCGUCUUUGUCCUCGUCUUACGGAGAACGAGGCUCUGAUCUCGGCCUGCAGGUGUUUUUGCGUGUGGUCCAGGACAAACCCCUGGAGAAUGUGGUCAUGUCCCCUCACGGCGUGGCCUCCAUCCUGGGCAUGCUGCUCCCGGGGGCCCACGGGGACACUCGCCGACAGCUACUCACCGGCCUCAAAUACAAGAAGUCUGGCCCAUAUAAGAUGUUGCGGAAGUUGCAUAAGGCCCUGACGACCAAAUCCAACGCUGAUAUUGUGACGAUCGCCAACGCGCUGUUCCCAAAUGAGGGCUUCAGCUUGAAAGAAGACUUCCUGACAGCCAACAGGGAGAACUUCCUGUGCGAGACUCAAACCAUUGACUACAGCAACCCAGAGAAGGCUGCAGAAACCAUUAAUGAAUGGGUGAAGAACAGCACCAAAGGCCAUAUUCCCAGUCUUGUCAAUGCGGAUAUGUUCGAUUCGGCUCUGACUCGUUUGGUGGCUGUCAAUUCCAUUUACUUCAAAGGCCUGUGGAAGUCCCGUUUCCAGGCCCAGAACACCAAACCCAGAAGCUUUACUGCAGGAGACGGAAAGUCAUACAAAGUGCCCAUGAUGUCCCAGCUCUCUGUCUUCAACAUGGGUCAGGCCAGCACUCCAGCAGGUUUGAAGUAUACAGUGAUCGAGCUGCCGUAUCAUGGCAAUAGCAUGAGUAUGUUCAUUGCGUUGCCGUCAAAUGAGGACACGCCCCUGUCAGCCAUCUUGCCGCACAUCUCCACAGCGACCGUCCAAAGCUGGACCAAACAGCUAAACCAGAGGAGGAUGCGCUUCCUAAUGCCAAAAUUCACAGCCGAGCAAGAGGUGGAUUUGGAGGCUCCUCUUAAAGCGAUGGGAAUCAAAGACAUCUUCAGUCAGAACAAAGCUGAUUUCAGACACCUGAGUUCGGAGUUUGUUUAUGUGUCCAAAGCGCUUCAGAAGGCCAAGAUCGAGGUCAAUGAGGAUGGGACCAAAGCCUCUGCUGCCACAACUGCAAUCUUGCACGCCCGAUCUUCUCCUCCGUGGAUGGCUGUGGACAGACCGUUCCUGUUUCUCAUCAGACACAAUCCUACAGGAACCAUUUUGUUUGCUGGCCAGAUCAACAAACCUUGAGCCAGAGAUCAGAGGGGGUUCUUCCUCAGACAUACACACGCACGCACGCACACACACACACACACACACACACACACACACACACACACACACACACGCACACACGCACGCACGCACACUGAUAUAUUAAACUUUUGUCCUGGACUGCGUGUUCUGUACCCAUUCAAUUUCUCAUGUGUCUUUUUACCCUCAUUUUUACUUCGUCUUUGUAUUGCAUUGCUGUUAUCUUUAUAUACUUGGGGAAUAUUUUCUAAGAUUUUAUACAUGGUUUAUAAUUUGUCUCUAAUGCAAACUUUCUCACAAAAUGUGUGCAACUUAAAUGCUGUCAUAACUUUUGUUUAACUUUAACUGAGAAUUGUUUUUAUUUUAUUUUAUUUGUCAUAUUAACAAUACAUUUUCCUGCAUUGAGUCAUAUUUUAUUAAAUAAGGUACUUAAACUGG